AUGACUUCCGGCUACAAAAUCAACAAGCCGUAUGUGCUCGCCACUCUACCCAGGCCGCUGCACCAUACCGGUGGGCGGAUCGCAGCUCGCGAGGUGUACGCCCAGAAAGAUGGUGUGAAGAGGAAGAGGACCGAAUUGGCUGUCGGUGUUGACGGAGAGACGACCAGCAUCUACGAUGUCCCGGCCUCUCGUUUAAUCACUUCAUACCCUAUCCCUCCCCAGGACUCGUUCACUUGUCCCCCAUACUCGAUUAGAAUACGACGCACAGGCAGCAGUGAUGUGUCUCGGUAUACCUUCAUUGCAACGAACGAUGGCGCCUCUCAGAAAAUCACAUUGUUCAGAGAUGUUGUUCACCGAGACGGGAAGACGAGCUCAACCACCAAGACUCAGACCUUGCGAACUUCGCCUGUCCGAUACAUUACUACUGCGUACGCAGCAUCAGCGACGUCUGCCGUUGGCGAUCUGGUAGUUGUUUGCGAGAAUGGAGAGGUUGUCUGUCUCACUGGGGAGAGCCUCGCUAUCCAAUGGAACUCGGCCUCUCGAUCCAUUGUGCAGGACGUUUCUGCCGGGACGAUCGAUGAGUUUACAAUUGAGCAUGUCACGUCGGGGUCCAUUUCAAAUUUCACUGAGGGAGUUUUCAAAGGACGCCCUGAGGUUUUUGCCGCACUACCAAGAAAUGCAAACUCCGACCCUACGCUCUUGGCAAUGGUAUCUCGAAGUUUGAGUGAAGGCCUUGUGACGAGGCGCUUGGUUGUUCUAGCCAUCCUGUCCGGGUCCGCCCCUGGUGCAUCUGAGCUCCAGAGAUUGACGCCGUUGGAUGUGUCCCCGAUCGUUUCAGCAGAAACCCAAUCGAAGGAAAGCCCGUCCUACCAGUUCGAUUCUCAGUCUGGCAUUCUACUCCAGUUGCAAGAGGGUGCUCUGAGUGUCUUCGAUAUCAGCGCUGCGCUUCCAAAGCUGAAGUCUGUCAUUCCUAUGGAGGAUGCGCAGUCCUUCACUCGCUUGUCACGCCCAUUCGUCCUGUCCUGCUCGAACGGCUCCUUGGAACUCUACAACUACCAAUACCGCUCUGUCCAUGCCCAAUCCACACUCGACCUAUCAGAUCUGCCCCCGGAGAGUGAUGGAGAGCGAAGCUGCCAGUUGAUUGCAUACAUGCGAAGUCAAGACCUCGCUGUGGCUCUGGUAGACAAUGUUCUGGUCUCGAUCCACGUCGAACCCCCCAAGAGCCACGGAAAGCGUCGCAGGACCGGUCUCCUUAUCGACUCCAUUGGCCGUGGGACCGCAGUAGAAAUCCCCGCCAAGAAGCCCAGGGCCGACGACAAACCUUCCUACUUUUCUCACACCCUUCCUGGAACCAUUACCGAGACUUACCUCGCUGAAUUCCAUGCCGCUGUUGAAGAAGCCGACAAGCUCCUGAGCAAGAACAAGGUUUUGGAGUGGGAAGAGGAACUACGCAAACGAUUCUACGUCGAUCUGGAUACAAGCACUGGCGUGGAACCAGAGGCCGCAGAGUGGAAUUGGCAUCAAGAACACUCUACAUAUCCAUCCGUGGACCGAAGAUGGGUCAUCUACGCGAUUGGCCAGGUUUUCUCGGCCGAGAAGGUCGAGUCAGUGGAGUCGCGACUAAAACUCCGGCCCGUCCUCCCAGACAGCAACGUGACGACAUACCUCGCCGUCGCUGGCCACCUGACGCUAUCGAACCUGAAAUCAGCAUUCAGAGAGGAGCUGGAAGUGGGCAAGGAGAGCGGCGAGGCCUUGGCGGCCGACUUGAUCGUCUGCCUUACCGAGGCGGACCCCUCCAUGACGCUACUGUACAACUACCUGCGUGCUACAAAGCUGGGCGAGUCUGAGGUCCUGCUGGCUAUCCGGGCACUAAUGCGCAGCAUGGAUCUCAUCCCGGAUGCGAACAAGCCGAAUACGAAACUGCUCAAGAACGAGGCCCACCAGGAGACUGAGGAGGAUGACAUGGAGCUCGACGACCUGGAGCGCAAGAUCGCAAUAAGCGAACACUACCUGGGAGAUGACAGCAGCGUGCGCUCGAGAGGUCUCACCUUGGCCUUUGCCAAACUGUGGCGCCUUCCUUCAAGUAAGACGGUCAAAGCCUUGCGGUCAACCUUGCAGGUCGGGGAGAUCCUAUCCCUCCUUCACUUACUCAGGGUCGAGCUGGUGCAGGGCGCAUGGACCUCGCUGUACUUGGACCCCACGAGCUUCGACUCGGAGGGCAACGAGCCGCCGCCAGACGGUGUCAUCGCCCUCAUCUCCGACCUCCUGGGCCGCUGUCUGGAUGCCGUGGGCUCAGGUGGGUGGCUGCUCAACGACGCCAUGGCAGGCGCGGACAACGAAGACACUGGUGACUUCAUCACGGCGCUCAAGCUCGAGGUCGCAGCCGCACUCGAGGGCGUCAAUGAAGUCGUCAAGCUCCAGGGUUAUGUCAGCGAGUCGGUAAGAUACGGCCUCGCAGCCCAGAAGAGCGGCGUCGCCCGCCAGACCUGGAACACUAACAAACCCAUCACGAUGCACAUGGAGGGGCGGGAGUCACGGCUGAUGCCCCUCGGCCUGAAGGUCAAGGCGUUGCCGACCAAGGAGAAGGUCGUGUCUGGAGGCGAGGUGGUGCAACGAAGCAUGCGUGAGACCGGACACCUGAUCAGCCAGAAGGUGGAGGCCUACUCGCUGGAGAAGUUGGUUAUUUGA